AUGGUGUUUUCUGCAUCGAAAUUACGCUUUAUACAGCUCCUUUUCGUCUUGUUCGGGGUUGCUUUCUUCCUCUUCAAGCUACGACCGAGCAUAACCCCCACCCAGCAGGUCUGGGACGACCGACAUGAUUGGGAUAACUUCCAUGCCAUCAGAAACGAAACCCUUGGGUUUCAAAAAGUCUUCGCCAUUAACCUUGUCAGCCGGCCUGACAAGCGGGACAAUAUCGUCCUAGGCUCAUCCGUCAGCAAUUUCCACGUAGAAUGGAUCGACGGCGUGACUCCGGAUAAAGUAGAUACUAAAUCCUAUCCAUAUAACUGGAACCAUGACCAUAAAACGACCGAGUACGCUGCCCGACGGGCGCAUGUCAACGCACUCCAACGUAUUGUACACGAGAGAGUAGGGAGUGCUAUCAUUAUGGAAGACGAUUCAGACUGGGAUGUAUCAAUCAAAGUCCAGCUUCAGAGCUUCGCCCACGCAGUCCGAGCCCUCCAGGCCCAGAAAGGUCCAUCUCAGUCACCCUACGGCGACGACUGGGACAUCUUAUGGCUAGGCCACUGUGGCCUGUCAUGUAAAACUGACUUGCCAUUUUACCUUACUCCAAAUGAUCCAACGAUCCCAAUGCCCCAUCAUUUUCUUCCCCAGUGGCGCGACCCUCCGGUAUUCGAGGGUUACGAGAGACCCGACCACAGCCGACUUGCAUGCACCGCAAACGACGCAGUCUGCUCAUUGCUUUACGCCGUGAGCUACAAGGGUGCACAGCGGAUUCUCUCGGCCCUUUCGGUUAACCCGUCUGGUCUUGCGGAAGAGAUUGAUAUUGGUGCGCAGUUCGACGUAUCACUCGGGCGCAUGUGCGGCAAUGGUUAUUUACGGUGUUUUGCACCUUACCCUUCUAUCACGGGUGGCUUCCAUCAGGCAGGGCCAAAAGCGAAGUUUUCUGAUAUCCACGAUGAUGAGAGCGGUGAGGAAGAAGGCUUUUUCAGCUGGGGAGUGAUGUAUAGCACUAUGCUCAAUAUCAACCGUAUCCUGAAGGGGGAACGGACCGUUCAUGCGACAUGGGACGAUGUGGAUGUUGACCCCGACAAUUAUUUCACGAAUCCAGCCGACAAUACUGGCAUCAAUAUGGUCUACACACUGGGUGACAAGCUGGUUGUCACAUGGAAGACCACGCUCGAUGCAUUCAACGACACUACCUGGCAGCAAAGCUUGGUAGAAACGGCUAAAAUACACUCCGCCGAUAAAGUCACCAACUUCACGUGGGUUGUCCAGGUGUACGGCUUUGAUCUUUCGUACUCCAACGAAUUCUUCCUCUGGAUUAACCCAGAUACAAAGGGUGGAUUUGUCUCUACGUACUUCAACAUCACCGAACCUACCUCCACUACCAGCACUGAGUCUUCAUCAACAUCCACAUCUACAUCUGCAUCGACGAAAACGUUGAACGCGGCAACCACACCGUCCUCCCCCUCAUCGGCAUCGCCAUCGGCUUCUUCAGACUCGGAUUCUCAAACGUCCGAGUUAACUCUGACCGGAAAGAUCGCAAUUGGGGUCGGUGCGGGUGUUGGACUCCCGAUUCUGUGUGCUUUGGGUGCCCUUCUCUAUCUCAAGACACGAAAACCCAAUAACAAUAUUGAAAAAACAAUCCCGCCACCGGAACCAAUGCCGCCUUGGAUGGUUAUGCAGAACCAGAAUGCUCAGAUAGUAUCGCCCAAGGAGGUGCAUGGAUCGAGCCUGGAAGCCUCUUUUGCCGAGCUACCUCAUCGGCCAUAUCGGUGA